AUGUGGACUUCGGCAUCGACUCCGAAGACAACGACGAUGCCGGACCUGACACCGAGAAACCCCGAUGGCCCUGAGGUCACCGACGACAUGACUCGAGAACCGACGGCAGCGCAAGAGCCCGCACCAACCCGCACCGGGCCCUGUCCGCCCCUACACCCGCCAUCCACCGUCUCGGGGCGUGGCCUCUAUUCUCCGGGGGGCGCACACAGCGGAGCCUGGCCGCUGGAGCGGGAGCGGGAUGCGACUCGUGGCUCCGGCUCGAACACCACCGGGCUGGCUCGACUGGACGUCCAGCCCGGAGCGAACCCCGCGCGCGGAGCUCCCCAUCGCACCAUCCGCGGUGCGCGCGCAGAAGCCGGAGCAGAAGCGGCGUGGAAAGUGAUCACGCUCAAGCUGGGGGAGAAGUUCAAGGGAGAGACACUCCGACCGCUGCCGUCACUCGCGCCUCUACGCGCCGAGCCCAGUAGCAGACCUGGAAGAAGCUGCCUUCCAAGACCCUCACUGCCACCGAGUGUGAAGGUGACUCGUGGCAAAAACGACUUCAACCCCGUGCCCUCCGCCUCCGCCAACAGCGGCAUGCGCCGCACCGAGAUCGGCCGUCAGCGCGUCGCGGGCAAGGGCGCACAAGACGAUUUCACCCGCGGGCGCGAUCGACGUCUGGAGCCCAAGCACUGA